AAAGAAUAUCAUCUACUGAUAAUUAUAAAUUCUUGCUUCUCUGCAAUUUCAUCUUCCGGCACAAAUCAUCAACUUACGAUGCAACAACUCGCUCUCAUUUCACCGUCUUUUUCACUUUCAACGCGCUCUUUCUUCUUUCCCCUUCCUCUCUUCUCUCGCCCAAACCCAAAUUUCUUCAGACUCAAAUGGAAUAAACCUUCCUUAACCGUUCGGAAUUGCAGCAGCAGUUCCUUCAAAGUGAAACCCUCUUCCGAAAUUAGAAAACCCCUCGCAGAAUCCCAACCUGACACCAAGCUCACCGCGCUCCGACGCCUCUUCUCCAAACCUGGAGUUGACAUUGACGCCUACGUCAUCCCUUCUCAGGACGCUCACCAGAGUGAGUUCAUUGCUGAGUGUUACACGAGGAGAGCCUACAUAUCAGGUUUUACUGGCAGUGCUGGAACUGCUGUGGUUACUAAGGACAAAGCUGCUCUCUGGACAGAUGGCAGAUAUUUUCUCCAGGCAGAGAAGCAGCUGAACUCCAAUUGGAUUCUAAUGCGAGCAGGAAACUCAGGAGUCCCUACUGCAGGUGAAUGGCUCAAUGAGGUUUUGGCUCCAGGUGGCAGAGUUGGCAUUGAUCCCUUUCUUUUUACUUGGGAUGCUGCAGAGGAACUUAAGGGGGUUAUCUCUAAGAAAGAUCAUGAGCUUGUUUACUUGUACAAUUCAAAUCUUGUGGAUGAAAUAUGGAAAGAAUCUAGGCCAAAACCUCCAAAUAAUCCAGUUAGAGUGCAUGACCUAAAGUAUGCUGGUUUAGAUGUUGCGUCAAAAUUGUCAUCUUUGAGAUCAGAACUUGUCAAUGCUGGCUCUUCUGCAAUUGUCAUCUCCAUGCUUGAUGAAAUUGCAUGGUUGUUGAACUUGAGAGGCAAUGAUAUUCCACAUUCACCAGUUGUGUAUGCAUACUUGAUUGUGGAGAUUGAUGGAGCAAAAUUAUUUGUAGAUGAUUCCAAAGUUACUGAAGAGGUGAGGGAUCACUUAAAGAAAGCUGAUAUACAGAUCAGGACAUACAAUUCAAUUAUAUCUGAAAUUGAAAGAUUGGCAGCACAAGGUGCUGCUCUUUGGUUGGAUACUUCAUCUGUUAAUGCUGCUAUUGUAAAUGCCUAUGGAGCUUCCUGCAACAGAUAUUAUCGGAACCGAGAGAAUAAACACAAAACCAGGACAAAUGGUUUUGAUGGGUCUAUUGAGAGCUCGGAUGUACCCUUUGCUGUCCAUAAAGUCUCUCCUGUUUCUAUUUCAAAGGCCAUAAAAAAUGAAUCAGAGUUAGAAGGGAUGCAAAAUUGCCAUUUAAGGGAUGCUGCUGCCCUUGCUCAGUUCUGGGAUUGGUUAGAAACAGAAAUUACCAAGGAUAGAACAUUGACAGAAGUAGAGGUUUCGGAAAAACUUCUUGACUUUCGCUCAAAACAAGCUGGUUUCCUGGAUACUAGCUUUGACACAAUAAGUGGUUCUGGUCCAAAUGGGGCUAUCAUACACUACAAACCAGAACCAGAGAGCUGUAGUUUUGUGGAUGCCAAUAAAUUGUUCUUAUUGGAUAGUGGUGCUCAAUAUGUUGAUGGUACAACUGACAUAACACGGACAGUUCAUUUUGGCAAGCCUACAGCAAGAGAGAAAGAAUGCUUUACUCGAGUCUUGCAGGGCCAUAUAGCUCUUGAUCAGGCUGUCUUCCCUGAAAAUACCCCUGGUUUUGUGCUGGAUGCUUUUGCCCGCACCUUUCUUUGGAAAGUUGGACUUGACUACAGGCAUGGGACUGGGCAUGGUGUAGGAGCUGCAUUAAAUGUUCAUGAAGGCCCUCAAAGUAUUAGUCACCGUUUCGGAAAUUUGACCCCUCUAGUGAAGGGCAUGGUAGUUAGCAAUGAGCCUGGCUAUUAUGAAGACCAUGCCUUUGGCAUUCGGAUUGAGAAUCUCCUUUUUGUAAAAAAUGUCGAGACACCAAAUCGUUUUGGGGGAGUCCAGUACCUUGGAUUUGAAAAACUUACGUAUGUACCCAUUCAGAUUAAAUUGGUUGAUUUGUCUCUGCUAUCGGGUGCUGAGAUUGAUUGGCUUAACAAUUACCACUCACUAGUCUGGGAAAAGGUUUCACCAUUUUUGGAUGGCUCUGCUCUCCAAUGGCUUUGGAGCAACACUCGACCUAUCAUUCAUGAGAGAAUUUAAUUCAUGUUAAUGUGCUAUGGAAAACCAGGUUCACAUUCUGGCGUGCUACCCCCUUACCUGUUUUGUUUGUCUCUAUACCCUGAACAUUAUUCGUACGCUGUGAAUAAAAUAAUGAAUAGGAACGACUAGAAUUUGAUCACAGGAUCUUGGCAGGAAAAGGGAAUAUUUAGCCAUUUGCAGCCCUGAUUAUGCUUAUUUUAUGAGAUUCAAUGUAAUUAUUUUGCUGUUGUGAAAGUUAACACUCAAUUCUUAAUUAUAGAAAUU